AUGGUCGCCGUCGCGCGCGCACGCUGGCCCUCGAUCAUCUGGCCAUGUCUGCUCGUCGCGGUCUACUUCUUUGGCGCCGUCUCCGCUCAGUCAUCCUCCACCACACUCGCCUCGACGUCGGGCUCGACUGCGUCAUCAGCUUCUGCCUCCAAGACGUCUGCUGCACCUACCUUUACCACAUUCGCCACGACCAUUCGCUCCGGGAACCAGAAUAUCACUGUGUCUACUACCCUUCCCCUCGUCUAUAACGUCACCGUUACAGCUAACGCUUCAGCCAUCGCUUCCGCGACGGCUAAUGCCACGGCCACGCCUACGCCGAUCACGCUAGACACCAGGAUUGACCCAGCGUUCGGUGUACUUGGCGCGCUGCUCAUCCUCUCGGGCUUGCCGUGCGUAUUCUGGGGUCACAAGAAUCGUUGGACGUCGUUCUUUGUCAUCGGCCUGUACACGUUUGCCCUGGUCUGUCUUGUUCUCAUACUCAAGUUUGGCGUCCUACAAGCUGUUAAUCCCCCGAGCACGACCGUUCGGGGUCUAUUCAUGCUAGCUUGCGGAGUCGCAGGGAUCGCAGGCGGUGGAAUUGCCAUAUUCUUCUGGCAGGCUACGAGAUACUUUGUGGGUGCCUGGGGUGGCUUCGUGUUUGCCUUGUGGAUUCAAUGCUUCAGGGCGGGUGGUUUAAUAUCACCGAUUGGCUUGCGAUGGAUUUUGUACAUCAUCUGCGCUGCCAUCGGUUUCAUCUUGUGCACGCUUCCAAAGCUCCACUACCACAUACUGCUUCUUUCGACUGCGUUUGUUGGUGCUACUGCUGUGAUUCUGGGGAUCGACUGCUACACAACCGGUGAUCUCAAAGAGUUCUAUGUCUGGAACUUGGGUUUCACCGCCCUGUUCCCCAAGUUCACCGGAAAUGGCAUCAAGUUUCCCAUUAACCAGACGAUGGAGAUUGAGCUCGGGCUCAUAGGUGCUUUAUCCCUCAUGGGGGUUGCGGUGCAGUUCCGGGUGCUGAAGGUGCUCCAUCGGAAGUUGAAGGAGAUCCAGGCUGAAGCCAAGCGGCAAAACGAGGAAGCUGAGAGGCGAGCUGCGGUAGGCCUUACCGGUCUAGAGCGGGAGAAGGAAGAAUGGGAGCGCGAGCAUCCUACUUUGACCAAGCAUGGCCGGAAUCAAAGUGGGCUAUCGUCCCUGCUACUGAAGGAUGGCGACGAUAGGAUGACGCCCUCAGACGAGCGUCCCGGGUCUUCGUUCUCCCUUGCAGCCACCCCUCGUCAGCGAUAUCAGUCUGGUGUCUCUGAAUUCUUGGCGGCGGCACCUCCUUCCGAUGAGCUCAACCGGACAGCCAACAAGCUGCUCCAGAGUCCUGGCGCAUUGCCCGUCCUUGACUUGGGCACCGACAUCGAGAACGACGUUCCCAAGGGUUACAUUGCGGACGAUGACGGCUAUAUGUCGCCCAGACUCACGAGGAACAAAACUCCCACAGCGGCUGAGCUGGAGGAUUUGAAGCGCAAGGAGGAGUUGUUGACCGAGAUUCAGACCAUCCGCAAGUCAAUCGAGGUGCUUAAGUCGGAGACGCCUGACCCCUCGAGCUCAUCCGGGUCACGCCAUCCGUCAUUCGCGUCGCGGGUCACAUUGGGUUAUGACCUUACUUCCCCUCCCACGUCACAUCUCCGCCCGCCCAGGCAGGCAGACCCCCGUGCUCGCGUGCAAUCCAUGGAGUUGUCCAACCUUUCACGAGGCUCCGACAUUGGCGGCGCUCAGGGCAGACCGACAAGCGUACCGUUGCAGGAUGAUUGGGAUUCGUAUGUCCGUGAACGCAAGCUGCUACAGCCGCCUUCCGGCGUCACCCCGCCCAUUGGCACGACGCCGCUAAGCCCUGUGCCCAGGGUGCCGAUUUCGCCUGCGGUCGAGGAGGCGCUGCUUAUGCGCCAGCGACGCGAGAGCACGCUAUCUUACCAUCAAGCAGGAGGCGUGACACCGGAGCUCUCUCCAUCCGCCAUCCCAGUUCAGAAGAUGCCCUCUGGCAUCGAAGUUCCCGUCGUGUUGCGUGGGUCGCACAGCCGGUCUCAUUCGGCAGGCGGCAUCCCCGUGACCAUCCUUCCUCCGAAGCGGGCGGUCGUUUCUCCAUCACCAAAGCAGGAGGAGGAAACAGUCCCGUGGACGACGACACGGACGCUGACUUUCGAGGAGCUCGAGGAGCGUCACCGGGAAAAGAUUCGCCAGCUGCAAGAGCCUGUGACCCGCGCAGAGCAGGAGCAGCUGCAGGUCCAGGAGGCGAAGAUACGGUGGGAGCGCGCAAAGGCGGCCGAGAAGCAGGCGGUCUCGAAGCGGCAGGCUGAGAAGGCCGCCGCGUACAGCAAAGAGGCCGGGAAGCCAGCCAAGUCGGGCCACCCCGACGCGUCGCGACGGCGCUCGAAGCCUCUGCAAGAGCAAAACGGCAGUCAAGGGCGCAACCGCGCACUCAGCGCGGACAUACUGGCGGCGGUGCCUGGCGCCGGCUCGUCGUCGAAGCGGAUGUCGAUGCUGAAGGUCGAGGACUGGCAGAAGCACCAGCAGGACGUCGAGCUGGGUCUGCGUCCCGAGGAGGCAAAGUCGCGGCGGCCAUCGGCCGUACCGUUCCCAGAGGCGCCUGAGCGUUCGCAGGACAGGAGACGGAACGUCUAAAAUGCGCUUGUGUUUGGUCCUCUACGCAGAAUAUGCAUCCUCAGAUCGGCUCUCGUUGAUCCCGACCACGAUCUUGUACAUUAGCGCGGUACAUGGGCGUUGGUGCCGUCCGCCGCCGCAUCUGGCAUCGCUCCCUUUUUAUGAACGGACAUACGGACUGCCUGCAUCGGACUGACGUACAUACAUAUAAUACAUGGUUCCAUCAUUGUCGUGUCCUGAGUUGUUAUAUCCAUGCCUCACCCUUGUUAUACCAACUCGCUGCCGUAUCAGUACUUGGAAUCUAAUUUACACGCUGUUGUCGCUUUCGUGCAG